AGGCCCCAGUCCCUCCUCCCUCAGACCCAGGAGUCCCCCCCAGCUCCUCCUCCCUCAGGCCCAGGAGUCCAAGUCCCCAGCCCCUCCUCCCUCAGGCCCAGGAGUCCAGGUCCCCAGCCCCCUCCUCCCUCAGACCCAGGAGACCAGGCCCCGGCCCCUCCUCCCUCAGACCCAGUGGUCCAGAGUCCCAGCCCUCUCAGCUUCAGGUCCCUUGAGGGUGGGGUUUGGGGGAAGCUUGCUGAGUUCUGUGUUCCUCCAGGCCCAGAUGGGGGAACCCCGGGCUGGGGCCGCCCUGGACGAUGGCAGCGGCUGGACGGGCAGUGAGGAAGGCAGUGAGGAGGGUACCGGCGGCAGUGAGGGGGCUGGGGGUGACGGGGGCCCGGAUGCAGAGGGGGUGUGGAGCCCAGACAUUGAGCAGAGCUUCCAGGAGGCCCUGGCCAUCUAUCCACCCUGCGGCCGCCGGAAAAUUAUUUUGUCCGAUGAAGGCAAGAUGUAUGGUCGGAAUGAACUGAUCGCCCGCUACAUCAAGCUGAGAACAGGGAAGACCCGAACUCGAAAACAGGUUUCUAGUCACAUCCAGGUUUUGGCCCGAAGGAAAUCGAGGGAAAUCCAGUCCAAGUUGAAGGACCAGGUUUCCAAAGACAAGGCUUUCCAGACAAUGGCGACCAUGUCCUCUGCCCAGCUCAUCUCCGCGCCUUCCCUGCAGGCCAAACUGGGUCCCACCGGUCCUCAGGUGGUCCAGGCCUCUGAGCUUUUCCAGUUUUGGUCUGGGGGAUCUGGGCCCCCCUGGAAUGUUCCAGAUGUGAAGCCAUUCUCACAGACACCGUUCUCCUUGUCACUGACUCCCCCAUCUACUGACCUCCCAGGGUACGAGCCCCCCCAAGCCCUCUCACCCCUGCCCCCACCUGCCCCAUCGCCCCCAGCCUGGCAGGCUCGGGCCCUGGGCACUGCCCGGUUGCAGCUGGUAGAGUUCUCAGCAUUUGUGGAACCGCCAGAUGCAGUUGAUUCUUACCAGAGACACCUGUUUGUGCACAUCAGCCAGCACUGCCCCAGCCCCGGAGCGCCGCCGCUCGAGAGCGUGGACGUCCGGCAGAUCUAUGACAAAUUCCCUGAGAAAAAGGGUGGCCUCCGAGAGCUGUAUGAUCGUGGCCCCCCCCACGCCUUCUUCCUGGUCAAGUUCUGGGCGGACCUGAACUGGGGCCCAAGUGGCGAGGAGGCGGGGGCCGGUGGCAGCAUCAGCAGUGGUGGCUUCUACGGAGUGAGCAGCCAGUAUGAGAGCCUGGAACACAUGACCCUCACCUGUUCCUCCAAGGUCUGCUCCUUUGGCAAGCAGGUGGUGGAGAAGGUGGAGACGGAACGGGCCCAGCUGGAGGAUGGCAGAUUUGUGUACCGCCUGCUACGCUCGCCCAUGUGCGAGUACCUGGUGAAUUUCUUGCACAAGUUGCGGCAGCUGCCUGAGCGAUACAUGAUGAACAGCGUCCUGGAAAACUUCACCAUCCUCCAGGUGGUGACAAACAGAGACACCCAGGAACUGCUGCUCUGCACCGCCUAUGUCUUCGAGGUCUCCACCAGCGAGCGUGGGGCCCAGCAUCACAUUUACCGCCUGGUCAGGGACUGAAGGGGGACCCCAAAACUGGCUCACCCCCAGAACACCCUCCUUCCAGGGAGGGUCCUCCAGCUCACCUCAUGCUUCUUAUUUGGGGAGAGGGCUGUGAUGUAAAGGGGUUGACCUCAGAGGCCUAAGCAGCUGGGGCCAUCCCCCCCAUUAGAGGGGCCCCCAAAACUUGGUUGGAGAGCUGAACAGGCUGGGACUGAGGAAAGGAUAAACCCCAAUAUUGGGACCUCACAGUGGAUGUCUGAAAGGACAGAUCACUCCGGAGUAUCAGGGAUUGUGGGGACAGGAGUGAGACAACCUCCAGGUACAGCACUGACUUCUCAGCCCCUGGCAGGGCCCCCCAACUCCUCUGCAUGUCUUGGAGGGCCGUAGUUACACAUUGGCUUGUCCCCUUUACUUUUUCCCAGCCACCCCUCCCCCUGAAAUUUCUGCCUCUCUUUACCACCCUCACUCCAUGACCUGUGAGAUCACAAAGUGAAGAUUAACCCUUUCUGUGCAGGAGCAGAGCCAGGUGGGCCCUGGAAAUAUUUUUUUUUUAAUAUAACGAGAUAUUUAUAAGUGGGUGCUAGGGUCUUGACUUUAUCUCAGCUGCACAAGUAGUGGGUUGAAGCUUUCUAAUCUCAUCCCCCCCACAAGUGAGCUGUGAGCUAGACUGUUUCCUCCCUCCCCUCUCAAAGUUUGUUGGUUUGUGUUCUGACAGAGGAUAAAGCUAUUUUACCAAAAA